CUAUGACGUUCUCCGAGCACAGGAAGUAGAGCUAUCAGCUGAUCCCGCUGGCUGUUGUUGAUGUCUGAAGUUGCUGUUGUCGCUGCGUCUCUCUCUCAUCGGCCCCUCGACAUUAACGGACUCGGUGACACGCUGAGGAACGGACACGGCAGCGGCCAUUUACCGGCCAAAGGGACGCGUCACGUCGUGUGGAAGUCUGAACGUGCGUCCCCGGCGGGCAGCAGCGAAGCUAGCUCCUGAGCUGAAGGGAGAAAAACAGCAGCGACAGCACACGCCGUCUCUUUGUUUCAAUCCCAAGCAGGAUAAUAACUUUCUCGCGCUUGACUCAAGUAUUUCUGUUUGCAUAUCCGUUAUUUAUUUUUAUAGUUAUAAUUAAUAACCAGGACACCGUCACGGGCAGCUAAUUGGUUGGCUAACGUUAGCUUGCAGUGCAGAUUAAAAACAUUUUUAGAUCUUUUCCCCCCUUUCGUAACCGCCCGACAUUCACAGAUACGAGACAUAGCGGCUGUAUUGGAAAGAGAAUAAUCAUCAGAGUUGAUAUGCGUUUAUUUUCCACUGUACCAUCUGUUGUACCGCUCCAGAACAAGUUGAACUGAUCUCUGCUCUGCAGCGUGUCAGGUUGUCUUUAUUGAUUUUUAGAGUUCAUAAACAAACUGUUGGUUGACUGACAGCUUCGUCUUGUGUGUUUUAGGUUUGCUGGCAGGUUGCGUCAUUUGUUUAUCAGCAAGUUGUCAGUCCGUGCUGGAUAUUUCUGCUAUUUUUAUGUUUUGAACCGUUUUUCCAUAGGUAGAAAAAUCUUAAACACUUUUAUACCUCUUCUUUGUAGCUGAUUUACAACCCCGGACAAAUAUCAUGAGAUAAGGAAGGACCCGCUUUGAUGCUCAUGAAUUUGGUAGCUUUACGUGAAAAAAGUUGAUAGUUAUGAUUUAAAAUAGGACGCUGAACGUGCAUUGAGAAGUCGCUGUGAUCAGGAAGAGCCAGCAGAAACAGAGGCAGGGUCCCACAGAGUCUUGAGGUGAGGUGAGCUGCCCCCACACUACUUGCCAAUGCUGGAUCUGGAGGUGGUGCCUGAGAGAUCACUAGGAAAUGAGCAAUGGGAAUUCGCCUUAGGGAUGCCAUUUUCCCAGGCCAUCUCUAUCCUCCAGAAACACUGCCGUAUAAUCAAAAAUGUCCAGGUGCUAUACAGCGAACAGACACCACUCAGCCACGACCUCAUACUGAACCUGACUCAGGAUGGGAUUAAACUUCUGUUUGACGCCACAAAUCAGAGACUCAAGGUGAUUGAAGUGUACGACCUCAGCAAAGUCAAGUUGAAGUACUGUGGAGUCCAUUUCAACUCUCAGGCCAUCGUCCCCACAAUAGAGCAAAUAGACCAGUCAUUUGGAGCGACUCACCCUGGAGUUUAUAAUGCUGCAGAGCAAUUGUUCCAUCUCAACUUUCGAGGACUUUCCUUCUCCUUUCAACUGGAUUCGUGGAAUGAAGCUCCAAAAUACGAGAUUCCACAUGGAGCCAUGGUCAAGAGGAUGCACAUCUACACUGGCAACAACCUCCAAGAAACAAAAGCUCCUGCGAUGCCGUUGGCUUGUUUCAUGGGCAACAUCUUUGCAGAGUGUGUCGAUGUCCUGAGGGAUGGGGCGGGUCCUCUGGGGCUCAAGCUCCGCCUUCUCACAGCAGGUUCUGGACUCGGUGUGAUGGCUGACGCUAAGGUCCGGUACCUGGAGCGGAGCAUCUUCUUUGGAGACUCCUGUCAGGACGUUCUGGGCGCUUUGGGCUCGCCGCAUAAAGUCUUCUACAAAUCUGAGGACAAGAUGAAGAUCCACUCUCCGUCUCCUCACAAGCAGGUUCCCUCUAAAUGUAACGACUACUUCUUCAACUACUUCACCCUCGGAGUGGACAUCCUGUUUGACUCGACGACCCACCUGGUUAAGAAGUUUGUCCUCCAUACGAACUUCCCUGGGCAUUACAACUUUAAUAUAUACCAUCGAUGUGACUUUAAGAUCCCGCUGGUCAUCAAAAAAGAAGGAGCAGACUCUCAGACGGAGGAUUGCAUCUUAACCACCUACAGCAAGUGGGAUCAGAUUCAGGAGCUUCUGGGCCAUCCGAUGGAAAAACCCGUCGUCCUUCACAGGUCUUCAUCAGCCAACAACACAAACCCGUUCGGUUCCACUUUCUGCUUCGGACUACAGAGGAUGAUUUUUGAGGUGAUGCAGAACAACCACAUAGCAUCAGUCACCCUCUAUGGAGCUCCCAGGACCACCAGUCAAGCCCGACCCGAGUCCAGCACUAGUUCCCACUGAACCAGAACCACGCCCCAUUCUGGCCGACCCAAACAACAGCUCUUCUGCUGACUGCAUUGGAACCGAAACCAGAUUUUUAUUUUUUUUUUACCUGAGCAGGCCUGAAAGAAUCACUACAACCUGGCUGAGGUGCUUCAGAGUGAACGAGUCGACGGUGAAACCAGACCUGCUGCCUCCUGUUUGGUACCAGCACCCGGGGUUCUGUUGGUACCAAACAUGCCCCGUCCUGCGGGGACCCGGUCCUGCUGCGGGAGCGGCUCGCAUGCUUCGAAAAGAAAGCUAUAAAAUGUGCAUCCUGUGAACCUCAGAGACCGUUCUGCUGCCUGUACAGUCAGAGACGCUUCAUGCCAUCGUGAGGUGACGCAUUCGGGUUCAUCAACGCUGCAGGAAAACAUAAAACUAAUAAAACUUCAUCAGCCAACCACACUGCCAUCCCGGUCAGUCCUGCUCGUCUUCCUGCUUCAAGACCGCUCCGAACUGGGCCCAGCCAAACCCGUCCACUCCUGCACCAUGAGCCCAGACACACUUCAAGCUAAGCACCCAUUUCUGUUUUAAAUCACAAGACCCAGCCUGACCCGAUCCAAACAGCUCCAUCUUCCCUCACCAAACACUUCCUUAACCCAGCUGAGUCGGUUCUGUCCCAUCAUUUCAACCCCGACCCGUUUCUGAUGAGCGGCGGCCGGUUCAGACGGUUCAAGCUCAACCUGCAUGACUCUGAAC